AUGCAUCACACUAUUAGCGGAGCUGUGGCCGUGGCUUUGGCCAGCUUCAUUAGCGCUGUCGAAGGCCAUGGCUUCGUCAACGGCGCCCGGGUGAACGGCGUCUGGACUGCAGGGUCCGACCCCCUCUGGUGGUAUGCGCAGCAGAACAACCAGCCCCUCCCCGUGACGGCCGGCUGGAGGGCUCUGAACCAGGACAUUGGCUUUGUCGAGCCGGCCAACAUGGGCACGUCCGACAUCGCCUGCCACAAAUCAGCCAAGACCAACACCGGCUUCAUCAACGUUGACGCCGGCAGCACCAUUACUCUCUUCUGGAACACCUGGCCUGAGGGCCACAAGGGACCUAUCAUCAACUACCUGGCCCCUUACAACACAGACUUUGCAUCCGCCGCCGCGGGCAGCCUAAGCUUCACCAAGAUCGGUCAGGGUGCUCUCAUCACCGGCGGGUCCAACUCCAAGUGGGUGACCGACACCAUGCUGGCCAGCAAUUUCAGCACCCCCGUCACGAUCCCCGCCAAGCUCAAGCCGGGCAACUACGUCCUCCGCCACGAGAUCAUUGCCCUGCACGCCGCCGGCAGCGACAACGGCGCCCAGAUGUACCCGCAGUGUCUAAACCUCAAGGUCAGCGGCAACGGCACCGUGUCUCUCCCCACCGGAGUCCCCGCCACGCAGUUGUACAAGCGCAGCGAUCCGGGCAUCAUCUUCAACUUGUACCAGGACAUCAAGAGCUACCCCAUCCCCGGCCCCUCGUUAUGGACUGGGGCAAACUAG